UGUAUUAAUCUGACCGGUAGGUGGCAGCAGAGGAGAGUUUUGAAGCGGAAGUUGUUCAUGUAAACAGAGUAAUCCGUUUCCUCCUCACGCCGCUUCCUCGGAGCUGUAUUAAACCAUGAAUCCGCUGACGAAGGUGAAGCUGAUCAAUGAGCUGAACGAGCGCGAGGCCAACCUGGGCAUCAAGGAGGCCGUGUCCUGGCACAGCGAGUACAGGGACAGCGCCUGGAUCUUCGUCGGCGGGUUUCCCUACGAGCUGACAGAGGGCGACCUGAUCUGCGUCUUUUCCCAGUACGGCGAGAUCGUUAACAUCAACCUGGUGAGAGACAAGAAGACGGGCAAGUCCAAAGGCUUCUGCUUCGUCUGCUACGAGGACCAGAGGAGCACUAUCCUGGCUGUGGACAACUUCAACGGCAUCAAGAUCAAGGGGCGGACCAUCCGGGUGGACCAUGUGAAGAACUACCGUCCUCCCAAAGACCACGAGGACAUUGAUGACAUCACCAAGCGUCUCAGAGAAGACGGCUGCGCACCCACUGAACCUGCUGCUGCCGCCCCCUCUGAGGAAGACGAGCAGCAGGACGUCCCUGUGAAGAAAGCCAAGAAGGAUAAGAAAGAGAAGAAGAAGAAAAAGAAAGAGAAGAAGGAAAAGAAGAAGAAAAAGAGCAGAGAGUCGUCUUCCUCGACCGAUUCGUCUCCACGUCCUCCUGCAGCCAUCCGGGUCAAAGAGGAGAAACAGGACGCCGCCUAUGACAAGUACAGCCACCAGGGGGUGCAGGAAAGAGGGAGGGACAGAGAGGACAUGGACAGAGAGAUGGACAGAAAAGAGGACAGAGACAACAGGGACAGAAGGAGAGACGACAGAGAGACGGAAAGGAGGGCGAGAGACGUCAGGGACAGAGAGACAGACAGAAGGAGAGACGAUAGUAGAAGAAGAGAGGACAGGAGAGAGGAAGACAGAGAGGACAGAUGGAGGGACAGAGAAGACAGCCGAAGAAGAGACAGAGACAUCAGGAGACAAGAGACGGAGCGUAGAUGAAGACGAUGGUUGCUGAAACCGGAGCUGGAAGCUCGUUUUAGUUUCUCUUCAAACGUGUUUCCUGUGAUGACACAUACUGCUGCUGCUGUAGCUGCAUGGCGUCCGGCCACCAGGGGGCGCUGGCCAGAACCCGCAGCAGAAAAAAAA